AUGGAGUUACAAUCUCGCCUUCUCAUUUCGUGCUUAAUUACGGUCUACAUUUCCGGCAUGCUAUCUACAUUCGCCACCGCAUUCUCUGCAAAAAAUAACUCACGUUGGUCUCCGGCCACCGCUACUUGGUACGGCAGCCCCGAAGGUGACGGCAGCGACGGUGGGGCCUGUGGGUACGGUUCUCUGGUGGACGUGAAGCCGUUUAAAGCCCGGGUCGGAGCGGUGAGCCCGGUGUUGUUCAAAGGCGGAGAAGGCUGCGGUGCAUGUUACAAAGUCCGGUGUUUGGACAAGUCCAUUUGCUCCAGACGGGCGGUGACGGUGAUUAUCACCGAUGAAUGCCCCGGCGGGUACUGUUCCAACGGCCGUACACAUUUCGACCUCAGCGGCGCCGCUUUCGGCCGCUUGGCCGUCGCCGGAAACGGUGGCCAGCUCCGUAAUCGCGGCGAAAUCCCGGUCAUUUUCCGAAGGACACCAUGCAAGUAUCCAGGGAAAAACAUCGCAUUCCGGGUGAAUGAAGGAUCAACUGAUUACUGGCUUUCUUUGUUGGUUGAAUUUGAGGAUGGAGAUGGUGACAUUGGCUCUAUGCACAUUAGAGAGGCAAGUUCCACAGAGUGGCUAGAGAUGACACACGUAUGGGGAGCAAAUUGGGUCAUUGUCACAGGCCCUUUGAAUGGUCCAUUCUCAGUGAAGUUAACAACCUUAUCAACUGGAAAAACCCUUUCUGCAAGAGAUGUUAUUCCAAGAAACUGGAGUCCAAAGGCCACUUACCCUUCUCGUGUACCUCUGUUAGAAAUGGAGGUUUGCAAAGUAGUUCUUGUUUCCUUUUGCCUUUCUGGAAGAAGGGAUCGUACCUUUUGUGCUGAAAAGCAACAUUUUGAUCUUUCCCCCACUUUUUGGGGGGAUCAUUUGAGGCCAAAUCGAAAUUUUUUAUUCGAUCAAAUUAAGUUUUCUACCAAAUGUAAAGGACCAUUUGAACAGAUUACUCUAUUCCAAAAUUUUGGUUUAAUUAGAGUUGGAGUCAGACUCGAAUUAAGGAAGUUUCAUGUGGUGGUUUUAGUGUUCUUAUCCAAGAAGAAGAGUGAUUCACGAGUUGUGUUGACAGAUGGCGUGAUGGUGCAAGAUACCUCAAGAUUCAGAGGGCUGGUCGUUGGCGCCGGUGCAGCAACAACAACAGGUGUCGCCGCAUCAACAAGUUUUGUUGCAGGCACAACCACAACAGGUUCAAGUGCAGAUGCAGUUUCUUUCGCCACAAAAUCAGCAAGUUCUGUCGUCGAUACAGCAACAGCAAUUAUUGUCGGGGCAACAUUAGCAAGCAGAAUCAUCGACGCAGCAACAUCAGGGGAAGGCUUGCAGACAGAGUCUGAGCACCCUCAACAAGCGUUUGUCGCUGUAAAUGAACAGGUGUCACAGCAACUAAAUACAGUUUCAGCGAGUGAAUCAUUACCGAUUAUUGAAACUAUAGUUGUUACUAAGCAUCGUGUGCAUACUGAUUCAUUUUGUUUAUCUAAUGAACCUGUUAUUGUUGAAAACGAUGUCGAUGAAAUUAAGAGCGGGCAGGAGCAAGGCCAAGUGGCAACACCGGAUGCCAAUUUAUCUGUGACAGCUAAACCGACCCAAUGCUUAGUUGCUGAUGUUCCAAAAGAAGCAGGAGUAGAUCAACAGGUUGGAGUUUCUGAUGAUGGCUUCCAGGAUCGACAGUGCAACCGUAGUGCCGAACUGGUCAAUGAUGCAACAGAUUCCUUGCCGGUUAAGCAGAAGUCUCAUUAUGCAUGGCUUUACGACAAGAAGGGGUCUGCCAACAGAAGAAGUAAGCGGAGUAAAGGGAAGGCAAUACCGCAUGAUUUUCACUUUGCAGAAAAGGUUGAUGAUGGUCUCCAAUUACGCGGCACUGAUUUUGAUGGUGGCCACAGUAAUUAUGCCUAUUUGGAUUAUGGUGCUGCUAUCGAAUGGAAGAUUGAUUUGGCUAAAGAUCGCGACAAUGAUUUGGCUAAGAUCAAUGAUGAUGUAACUAUUCAAUGUGUGGCCGAUCAUGAGAAGGAGUCUGCUGUUGAAGUGUUGACAAUUGAUGAUAAGGCCGACGGUGAUCAAGCAGGUUCCGCUGUAGAUGCUAGUAAGUUGUUGAUGAUUAAUGAAGCAGUUGAACGUAUCAGCACCACAUCAAACUAUCAGGUUCAGAAUGAUAGUGGGUGCCAGGAUAGUAGUUCUCCUGCACAUACGGGUCAGUUCCAACAAGAUCAUAAGGGUCGUCGCAACGAUAUUGGCAGCAAUAGUUGGCGUCGACGCAAUUCAAGAAGUUCUGGCAUAACGUGUGAUUCUCAAAGGAGACGCCCAAAAUUUCGGCGAAGUAAUAAUCAUGCACCUCGCUUUAAUCAUGUUCCUCAUUUUGCAUGGGUACUGUAUUACUUUAUCGUUCCAGCAGGUUGGCAUUAUGUCGAUGUUAGUGCCGUGCCAAAUGCUUAUUUCUGGUGA